GUUUCCUGGUGUCCUGGUGUGAUGGUACAUUUAGAACGCCCCAUCGUCCAUGAUCGCGUCGAGCCAUGCGUGCCCUCGCCGUGCGGGCCAAACUCUCAGUGUCUGUCGGCUAAUGAUCAGCCCGUCUGCUCAUGCUUGCAACAUUAUGUGGGUAGGGCGCCAAAUUGCCGACCCGAGUGCACUUCGAACUCGGAGUGUGCCGGCAACAUGGCCUGCAUCAAUCUGCGGUGCCGGGAUCCCUGCGUGGGUACCUGCGGAAGUCAGACCACGUGUCUUGUAAAUCAUAGACCGAUAUGCCGCUGCCUCGAGGGCUAUGCGGGCGAUCCAUUCUCCGAGUGUAGUCCACAAACUAUCGUUCCGCCCGAGGUUGCACAGCCCUGCAAUCCCAGUCCCUGCGGCGCCAAUGCGGUGUGCAACGAGCGCAAUGGUGUUGGCUCCUGUUCCUGCCUGCCCGAAUACAGUGGCGAUCCGUACACCGAAUGCCGGCCGGAGUGUGUCCUGAACAGCUACUGUUCGAAGAACCGCGCCUGCCUCAACAACAAGUGCCGCGAUCCCUGCCCAGGUGUUUGCGGUGUCUCCGCCGAGUGUCAUGUGAUUAAUCACGCGCCCAGCUGCAGCUGCCCCUCCGGAUACACGGGCAACCCAUCGCAGUACUGCCGGGAAAUACCAAAAUUGGCCCCGCCUGUCCAGCCGUGUCGCCCGUCGCCAUGCGGCCCGUACAGCCAGUGCCGCGAGGUGAACGGACAUGCGGUCUGCUCAUGCACCACCAACUAUGUGGGCACUCCGCCCGCCUGUCGACCGGAGUGCUCUGUUAGUUCCGAGUGCUCUCAAGACAGGGCUUGCGUGAACUUGCGCUGUGUAGACCCCUGUCCCGGAACUGGGCCACGAGCCAUUUGCAAGGUCACGAAUCACAAUCCCAUCUGCUCGUGCCCCAGUGGCUACAGCGGCGAUCCGUUUGUGCGAUGCGCUCCACGGCAACAAGAACCGGAGCAGCCAAAGUCCAAUGAGAAUCCCUGCGUGCCCAGUCCCUGCGGCCGCAACUCCCAAUGUCGCGUGGUGGGCGAGACUGGCGUCUGUUCCUGUCUGCCCAACUUCGUGGGCCGUGCGCCCAACUGUCGCCCAGAGUGUACCCUCAAUUCCGAGUGUCCUGCCAAUCUGGCGUGCAUCAAUGAGCGCUGCACAGACCCUUGUCCGGGGUCAUGCGGCUUCAAUGCCUACUGCAGUGUCGUUGGCCACUCGCCCAUCUGUUCGUGCGACAAUGGCUUCACUGGCGAUCCAUUCGCUGGCUGCAAUCCGCAACCUUUGCCAGAACCCGAUGAGCGCCUGACACCCUGCCAACCCUCGCCCUGUGGCCCCAAUGCCGAGUGCCGUGAACGCAGCGGCGCCGGCUCCUGUACGUGUCUGCCAGAGUACUUUGGCGAUCCGUACAGUGGCUGUCGUCCCGAGUGCGUGGUUAAUAGCGAUUGCUCACGCGAUAAGUCCUGCGUCAACCAGAAAUGCGUGGACCCUUGUCCUGGCGUUUGUGGCCUGAACGCCGAGUGUCGUGUGUCCAAUCACUUGCCCAGCUGCUCGUGCCUGGCCGGCUACACUGGAAAUCCGUAGGCAUGCCGUGAAAUACCCCAACUCCCACCCCCACCCCUGGCCGAUGUGAAUCCCUGUAGACCCUCGCCGUGCGGUCCGUACAGCCAGUGUCGGGAGAUCAAUAACCAUGCCGUGUGCUCUUGCCAGCCCGGACUCGUUGGCUCUGCCCCCAACUGUCGGCCCGAGUGUAUCAUAAGCUCCGAUUGUGCCCAAGAUCUCAACUGUCAGAAUCAGAAGUGUGUGGACCCGUGUCCGGGCACAUGCGGCAUUGAGGCACGUUGUCAGGUCAUAAACCACUAUCCUGCAUGCUCCUGUGCCCCAGGCUAUACCGGAGAUCCCUUCAAUCGGUGCACUAAAAUAUUGUGUAAGCCCGAAAAGUCCGGUAAUCCCUGUGUACCCUCGCCGUGCGGACCCAACUCGAAAUGCAUCGAUGUGCGCGGUUCGCCUGCAUGCUCCUGUCUGCCGGACUACCUCGGCCGGCCGCCCAACUGUCGGCCCGAGUGCAUGAGUAGUGCGGACUGUCCGGCGAAUCUCGCGUGUGUCAACCAACGCUGCGCAGAUCCGUGUGUUGGAGCUUGUGGCCAGAACUCUCUGUGCCAGGUGAUCAAGCAUCGUCCAACAUGCGAAUGCGUGCCUGGUUACACCGGCGAUCCGUUCUCCGGCUGUGCUGUUGUACAGCAAAUUACGCCAACGGAGGCGCCACGCAAUCCCUGCAAUCCCAGUCCAUGCGGCGCCAAUGCGUGUCGCGAGCGCAACGGCGCCGGCUCCUGCACCUGUCUGCCUGAAUACUUUGGCGAUCCGUACAGUGGCUGCCGCCCGGAAUGUGUCCAGAACGAUGACUGCGAUCGCUCCCGUGCCUGCAUCAACAGCAAGUGCCAGGAUCCUUGUCCCGGUGCCUGCGGAAUCAAUGCCGAGUGCCGUGCUAAUCAUGGUCCCAACUGCAACUGCUUCGAGGGCUACACGGGUGAUCCGCAUCGCUCCUGCGCUCUGCUUGAAGUGGUGACCCGACGACCCGAGAACCCAUGCCAGCCCUCGCCCUGUGGACCCUACAGCCAGUGCCUGGACACGAACAGCCAUGCGGUCUGCUCCUGCCUAGAGGGCUACAUCGGAGCACCGCCCAGCUGCAAGCCGGAAUGUGUCGUCAGCUCCGAGUGCCCCCAGAAUCGGGCGUGCAUCAAUCAGAAGUGCGCCGAUCCCUGUCGCGGAUCCUGCGGCAACAAUGCCAAGUGCCAGGUGGUGAACCACAAUCCCAUCUGCAGCUGCGUGCCCGGCAUGACCGGCGAUCCCAUCAGCGGCUGUACACCCAGCGAAGAUGCCAAGGAAUAUCAAGAGCCGUGUGUGCCCUCACCCUGUGGCCCCAAUGCCAUUUGUCGCGAGAUUGGAAACCAAGCGGCUUGCUCCUGCAAUGCCAACUUCAUUGGACGUCCGCCCAACUGCCGGCCAGAGUGCACCAACAACGACGAGUGCCAGAAUCAUCUAUCCUGCCAGCAGGAGCGCUGCGUCGAUCCCUGUCCUGGCUCAUGCGGCAGUAACGCCGUCUGUCAGGUAGUGCAACACAAUGCCGUCUGCUCCUGUGCCGAUGGCUACGAGGGUGAGCCGCUCUUCGGGUGCCAGCUGAUUCCCCUGCUGCUGCCCACCGAGGCGCCCACAUCGCCAUGCGAACCUUCGCCGUGCGGCCCCCAUGCCGAGUGUCGCGAACGCAACGGAGCCGGCGCCUGCUACUGCCAUGAGGGCUUCGAGGGCAAUCCCUACGAUGCACAGCGCGGCUGCCGACGCGAGUGCGAGAUCAACGAUGAGUGCACGGCCGCCCAGGCGUGUGUCCGCUUCAAGUGUAUCGAUCCCUGCGACAAUAUGUGCGGGGAGUACGCUCUCUGUACAGUGGAUAACCAUGUGCCCACCUGCACCUGUCCGGCCGGCUACAGCGGAGAUCCGUUCUUCAGCUGCAAGCCCGUGCCGGUUACCCCGCGUCCACCGCUGAACCCGUGCAAUCCCUCGCCCUGCGGCCCCAACAGCAACUGCGCAGUCAACAACCAGGCCGUAUGCUCCUGCCAGUCGGGCUUCGUCAAUCAGCCGCCCAACUGCGGACCCGAGUGUAUAGUCAGUGCGGAGGUCUGUGUGAACAAGAAGUGUGUGGACCCAUGUCUGCACACCUGCGGCAUUCGUGCCAUCUGCAGUACCAAGAACCAGCCCAUCUGCACAUGCCCCCGCGGCAUGAGCGGUGAUCCCUUCGUUCAGUGCUCUAGGAUACCUAUAACACACGAUGUGACUACAGCAGAACCUCCAGCUGCAUCUUGUGUGCCUUUCACCUUGCGGUCCCAAUGCCAGAUUGUGGGCAAUAGUCCGGCCUGCUCCUGCUUGCCGAACUUUAUUGGCGCCCCACCACGUUGUCGGCCGGAAUGUGUCCUGAACUCCGAAUGCGGACCCACGGAGGCGUGCAUCAAUCAAAAGUGCGGCGAUCCGUGCUCUGGUUCCUGUGGCUUCGAGGCCAAGUGUCAUGUUCUGAACCAUCUGCCCAUUUGCAACUGCAUCGAGGGCUACGAAGGCGAUCCGUUUGUGCGCUGUACCGAGAAACCAGAAGGCAAGACCCCGCCGCCGGUCGCCAACGAUCCGUGCAAUCCGACAUGCGGCCCGAAUGCCGACUGCUUUGGUGAGUGCCGCUGCCAGAAUAACUAUCAAGGAAACGCCUACGAAGGCUGCCGACCCGAGUGUACCCUCUCGGCGGACUGGCCGCGGGACAAGGCCUGCAUGCGGAACAAGUGUGUGGAUCCCUGCCCCGGAAUCUGUGGCAACAAUGCCGUUUGCGAGGUGAUGAACCACAUACCCGUAUGCUCCUGUCUGCAGGGCUACGAGGGCGAUCCGUUUACCAAUUGUCGCGUGAAGCUCAUCGAAGAUACACCUAAAGUCCAGGCCUGUGCUCCGUCCCCAUGCGGCUCGAACAGCCAGUGCCGCGAUGUCAACGGACAUGCCGUCUGCUCGUGCCUGGAAGGAUACAUUGCGCCGCCUCAAUGCCGUCCCGAAUGCGUGGUAUCUAGCGAAUGCUCUGCGCUACAGGCUUGUGUCAACAAGAAGUGCGUGGAUCCCUGCGCCGCUGCUUGUGGCCUGGAGGCACGCUGCGAGGUCAUCAAUCACAGCCCCAUCUGUGGCUGCCCUCCUGGCCGAACUGGAGAUCCCUUCAAGCAGUGCACAGAGAUAGCCGUGGCCACGCCUCCAGAUGUUAAGGGCCCCAGAGAUCCAUGUGUGCCCUCGCCGUGCGGACCCAUCAUAUGCAAGCCCGAUGAGCGAGGACCCGUGUGCCAGUGCCAGCCAGAGUUCUUUGGUUCGCCACCCAACUGCCGGCCCGAGUGCAUUAUCAAUCCCGACUGUGCCUCGACGCAGGCCUGCAUCAACAACAAGUGUCGCGAUCCCUGCCCCGGCUCUGGCACAAACGCCGAAUGCCGCGUCAUCGGUCACACGGUCUCGUGCUCCUGCCCAGCGGGAUAUGCUGGCAACGCGUUUGUGUAGUGUGUGCCGCAACAGGAGGAACCGGUCAAGCCGUGCCAACCUUCGCCUUGUGGCGCCAAUGCCGAGUGUAUUGAACGGAACGGAGCUGCUGCCUGCAAGUGCAUCGACGAGUACCAAGGCAAUCCCUACGAGGGUUGCCGACCCGAGUGCGUGCUCAGCUCGGACUGUACCACGGACAAGGCAUGCAUACGGAACAAGUGUCAGGAUCCCUGCCCGGAUUGCGGCCUGAAUGCCCAGUGCUAUGCCGUGAAUCAUGUGCCCAAUUGUGUCUGCCUCGAUGGUCACACGGGCGAUCCGUUUACCAACUGUCGCCGCGUGGAGCCCACAACGCCACCGCCAGUCGCCGAUCCCUGCAUCCCCUCGUCCUGCGGCGCCAACAGCAAGUGUCGCAUUGCCAACGGACUGGCCGUCUGCUCCUGCCUGGAGAGCUUCAUUGGAGCUCCGCCGAACUGUAAGCCGGAAUGCACGGUGAACGCCGAGUCAGCGAACAAGGCCUGCCACAAGUUCCGCUGCAAUCCCUGUGCAAAGACGUGCGGCAUCAAUGAGUGCGAGGUGAUCAAUCACAAUCCCAUCUGCAGCUCGGAUUUGACAGGCGAUCCGUUCGCCCGUUGUUAUCCAGCGCCUGCCGUUGCCGGACCUAAGGAUGCUCCGGAGUCCAAGACGCCCUGCCAGCCCUCGCCAUGCGGCCUCUACUCAGAGUGUCGCGUGCGCGACGAGCAGGCCUCCUGCUCCUGCCUGCCCAACUACAUUGGGGCACCGCCCAACUGCCGACCCGAGUGCAUUGUAAAUACGGACUGCUCGCCGAACCGCGCCUGCAUUGCCGAGAAGUGUCGCGAUCCCUGCGACGGCUCCUGCGGCAUCAACUCCGAGUGUCGCAUCCAGAACCACCUGGCCAUAUGCACCUGCCGCGGUGGAUUUACCGGCGAUCCGUUCGUUCAAUGCGUGGAGAUCAUUGAGACGAUCACGAAGCCUCCACUGAACGAACCACAGGAUCCCUGCGACCUGCAACCGUGUGGAGCCAAUGCGGAAUGCCACGAGGGCACCUGCACCUGCUUGAGAGAUUACCAGGGCGAUCCCUAUACGGGAUGUCGUCCGGAGUGUACGCUGAGCACCGACUGCGCCCCCGUCAAGGCGUGCUUGAACAAGAAGUGCGUGGAUCCCUGUCCCGGAGUGUGUGGCCAGAACUCGCAGUGCGAUGUCUCCAAUCACAUACCGAUCUGCAGCUGCCUGCAGGGCUACACGGGUGAUCCGUUCGUGCACUGCCGCCUGGAGACGCCCGUGGCCAAGGACCCAUGCCAGCCGAAUCCCUGCGGUCCCAACAGCCUGUGUCAUGUGUCGGCCCAAGGACCGGUGUGUGCCUGCCAGCAAGGCAUGCUGGGCUCACCGCCCGCCUGCAAGCCAGAGUGCAUAGUCAGCUCCGAAUGCUCCCUGCAAACUGCCUGCGUACAGAGGAAGUGUGUCGAUCCUUGCCCCGGCGCCUGCGGCCAGUUCGCACGCUGCCAAGUGAUCAACCACAAUCCAUCGUGCUCCUGCAAUUCAGGAUACACGGGAGAUCCGUUCACGCGCUGCUUCCAGGAAGAGCGCAAGCCGCCAACACCCACGGAACCAUGUCAACCAUCACCCUGCGGACCAAAUUCGGAGUGUAAGGUGCUCAAUGGAAAUGCCGCCUGCUCGUGCGCCGCCACCUUCAUUGGAACGCCACCCAGCUGCCGGCCCGAGUGCUCCAUCAAUCCCGAAUGUCCACCGACCAAGGCUUGCAUACGCCAGAAGUGCUCCGAUCCCUGCGUGAAUGCCUGCGGCUUCAAUGCCCGCUGCAAUGUGGCGAAUCAUCAACCCAUCUGCACAUGCGAUGUGGGCUACACAGGAGAUCCGUUCACCGGCUGUCAAAAGGAACAAGAGCGCAUUGUCAAUGAACAGGUGACGCCCUGAGAACCCAAUCCCUGCGGCUCGAAUGCUGUAUGUCGCGAACGCAAUGGGAUCGGCUCCUGCCAGUGCCUGCCCGAUUACUUUGGCGAUCCCUACCAGUCCUGUCGCCCCGAAUGCAUCCGAAACUCGGACUGUCCCACGAACAAGGCCUGCCAGCAGCAAAAAUGUCGCGAUCCCUGCCCCGGCACCUGCGGCACCAAUGCGGACUGCAGCGUUACGAAUCAUCUGCCCACCUGUACAUGCCGCAUCGGAUACAUUGGUGAUCCCUACCGCUACUGCCAUGUGGAGCCAGCCCAACCUAUCCGUCUGGCCGAACCCGCACAACCCUGCCACCCCUCGCCGUGUGGCCCCAACUCUCAGUGUCGCGAACUCAACGGCCAGGCCGUCUGCUCCUGCAUCGAGCUGUACAUCGGUCUGCCCCCCAACUGCCGUCCCGAAUGCGUGCUCAGCAGCGAGUGUCCCACGGACAAGGCGUGCAUAAGUCAGCGAUGCCAGGAUCCCUGCCCGAGUACAUGCGGCAUCAAUGCCGAGUGCCGGGUUCGGAAUCAUGGUCUACUCUGUCAGUGCCGUCAAGGCUUCACCGGCGACUCCUUUACCCGUUGUUAUGCCCUGCCACCCCCGCCGCCUGUUGUUCAGCGUGUUGAUCGUGAUCCCUGCAUGCCAUCGCCCUGCGGCUUGAACAGCCAGUGUCGCAAUGUGCAGGGCGUGCCCUCCUGCUCCUGUCUGCCCGAGUUCCUUGGAGCACCACCCAACUGUCGUCCCGAAUGCACCAUCAGUGCCGAGUGUUCCUCGAAUCUGGCCUGCAUCCGUGAAAAAUGUAUCGAUCCAUGUCCAGGGUCCUGUGGCUACGAUGCAGAAUGCAAUGUGGUGAAUCACACGCCCAUUUGCGUCUGUCCCGUAGGCUAUACUGGGGAUCCGUUCAGCAGUUGUCGUCUGUCGCCACCCGAACCCGUUCAAAGUGAAUAUGUGGAUCCGUGCAACCCAUCGCCGUGUGGUCCGAACGCGCAGUGCUCCAACGGUGUCUGCAGCUGUUUGUCCGAGUUCCAUGGCGAUCCCUAUGCCGGCUGUCGUCCGGAAUGUGUCCUCAACUCCGACUGUCCCAGGGACAAGGCCUGUCUGCGCAGCAAGUGCCAGAAUCCAUGUCCAGGAACGUGCGGCGAGAAUGCCAUUUGCGAUGUCAUAAAUCACAUUCCGAUGUGCCGUUGUCCGGACGGCACCGCUGGCAGUGCCUUUAUACGCUGCUCUCCCGUCCAGCAAACUAUUGUGGAAACGAAUCCCUGCCGUCCAUCUCCCUGCGGACCGAAUUCCCAGUGCCGCGAGGUCAACCAGCAGGCGGUUUGCUCCUGCCUGUCCAGCUAUAUCAGUGCCCCACCGUCCUGUCGCCCCGAGUGUACCUCGAACGCCGAGUGCGCGCCCUCGCAGGCGUGUCUGAACCAGCGUUGCGGAGAUCCUUGCCCUUGCACCUGUGGCGUAGGUGCCAACUGUGCCGUGGUCAGCCAUAGUCCCUUCUGCACCUGUCCCGAACGCUUCACCGGGAAUCCCUUCAUCCGUUGUCAGCCACAAAUUGAACCCGUGCGUGAUCUCGUCCCAGUCGAACCCUGUCGUCCAUCGCCAUGUGGCCCCUAUUCCCAAUGGAAUACAUUGGACACAUUGGACACAUACAUUGGACGGCCUCCGAACUGCCGUCCAGAGUGUGUAACGAGCUCGGACUGCACCAGCCAGAUGACAUGUGUCAACCAGAAGUGCGUCGAUCCGUGUCCCGGACGCUGUGGUCUCAAUGCCGAGUGUCGUGUAGUGAGCCAUGCGGUGCAGUGCAUCUGCCAGCAAGGCUUCACCGGCGAUCCCUUCGUGCAGUGCAGCCCCGAAACCAUCCGCCACAUCGAGGUUCGCACUCCGUGCAGCCCCAGUCCCUGUGGACCGAAUGCCGUUUGCCGUGAUCGCAAUGGCGUCGGUUCCUGCCAGUGCAUGCCCGAAUAUUUCGGAGAUCCCUAUGCCGGCUGUCGGCCGGAAUGUAUGCUGGACUCGGACUGUCCCUCGAACAGGGCGUGCCAGCAGCUGAAAUGCCAGGAUCCCUGUCCCGGAACAUGCGGCCUGAAUGCCCAGUGCCAGGUAGUAAACCAUCUCCCAACCUGCAAUUGCCUCACUGGAUAUGAGGGGGAUCCGUACCGCCAGUGCACCAGAAUGCAAGAGCCACCACAAAAAGAGUACGUGAAUCCUUGCCAGCCCUCGCCCUGCGGCCCCAAUUCCCAGUGUCGUGUGGCCAACGAGCAGGCCGUUUGCUCUUGCCUGCCCCUCUUUGUGGGAACUCCUCCCGCCUGUCGACCCGAAUGCACCAUCUCCUCCGAGUGUCCCAGCCAUCAGGCAUGUGUUAACCAGAAGUGCGUGGACCCAUGCACCGGCGACAGCUGCGCCAGCAAUGCCGUGUGUCGAGUGCGUAACCACAGUCCCAUCUGCAGUUGCCUCAGUGGCUUCACUGGCGAUGCCUUUACGCGUUGCUUCCCCAUUCCACCACCACCGCCCGAACGGAUCCAAGAACCCCUGAGAGAUCCCUGUCUGCCUACACCCUGUGGACCCAAUUCGGAGUGCCGCAACAUCAAUGGGGUGCCCGCGUGCUCCUGUUUGUCCAGCUUCAUGGGGCAGGCGCCCAACUGUCGACCCGAAUGCACCAUCAACGCCGAGUGUCCUGCCAAUAGGGCGUGCAUCAAUCAAAGGUGUCGCGAUCCCUGUCCAGGGGCCUGCGGCCUGGAUGCAGUCUGCAGUGUCAUCAAUCAUACGCCACUCUGCGCCUGCAUCGAUGGGUAUAUCGGAAAUCCCUUCACCAAAUGUAGCCCCAAGCCACCAGAACCCACAUCCCCGCCACCGGUCGCCGACGAUCCAUGCAAUCCCUCGCCCUGCGGCUCGAAUGCCGUGUGCCGCAAUGGCCAGUGCUCGUGUAUACCCGAAUACCAGGGCGACCCCUACGUCUCCUGUCGUCCCGAAAGCGUGCUGAACACGGACUGUCCCAGAGAUCGAGCCUGCGUGCGCAACAAAUGCAUAGAUCCCUGUCCAGGCACCUGUGGCGUGAAUGCCCUUUGCGAAGUAACCAAUCACAUACCCAUCUGUCGCUGUCCCGACCGGACGUCCGGCAACGCAUUCUUCGAGUGUCGUCCCGUGCCGGCGAAGCCCAUCAUCCAGCAGAAUCCCUGCCAGCCAACGCCAUGCGGACCCAACAGUCAGUGCCGCGUUGUGCAGAACACGGCAGUCUGCUCCUGCCUGAAGGACUACGUGGGCAGUCCGCCCCAGUGCCGACCGGAGUGUGUCACCAACUCGGACUGUCCGGCAGAUCAGUCGUGUCAAAACAUGAAGUGCCGUGAUCCCUGUCCGGGAACAUGCGGCUUCAACGCCCUCUGCAACGUGGUCAAUCACAGUCCCUUUUGCAGCUGCCCCACGGGCAUGUCCGGCAAUCCAUUCGUCAGCUGCCAGCAGCUGCCCCAACGCGAUGAUCGACCCCAGAACCCCUGUCAGCCCUCGCCCUGCGGCCCCAACUCCGAGUGUCGCGUCUCAGGAGACUCCCCAUCAUGUUCCUGCCUGCCAGAGUUCGUUGGAGCUCCUCCCAACUGCAAGCCCGAAUGCAUCUCCAGCUCAGAAUGCCCCACCAACAGGGCCUGCAUCAACCAGAAAUGCGUGGAUCCCUGCCCUGGACUAUGCGGACAGAAUGCCAACUGUCGGGUGUUCAGUCACACGGCCAUGUGUCUGUGCGAGAGCGGCUUCACCGGUCAUCCAUUCACUCAGUGUAGUCCGGUCAGGGAUGCCCCCGUGGAGGUACUGCAGCCCUGCAAUCCCAGUCCCUGUGGCGUCAAUGCCAAGUGCGAGGAGCGCGGUGGGGCUGGAUCCUGCACCUGUCUGCCGGAGUACUUUGGCAAUCCCUACGAUGGCUGCCGCCCCGAAUGUGUCCUGAACUCCGACUGUCCUUCGAACAGAGCCUGCGUGAAUCAGAAGUGCCGCGAUCCCUGUCCGGGAGUGUGCGGUCAGAUCGCCGAGUGCCAGGUGGUUAAUCACCUGGCCACAUGCAAUUGUCUGAUUGGCUACACCGGAGACCCCUACACCCUGUGUCGCAUCGUAGAGAACGAACCACGUAAGACCAUCUAUGUGAAUCCCUGCCAGCCGUCACCCUGCGGUCCCAACUCGCGUUGCCGCGAGAUCAACGAUCAGGCUGUGUGCUCCUGCCUCCCCGAGUUCAUUGGCAGUCCCCCGGCUUGUCGGCCGGAAUGCACCAGCAGCUCGGAAUGUGCCGCCGACAAGGCGUGUGUGAAUCGCAAAUGCGUGGAUCCCUGUCCGAAUGUUUGCGGUCAGCAGGCCGAGUGUCGCGUUCGCAAUCACAAUCCCAUCUGUAGCUGUCUGAGCGGAUACACCGGAGAUCCAUUCACCCGCUGCUACCGUCAGCCCCGUAAACCUAUUGAAAGAGAACCCCUUGAUCCUUGUGUACCCUCGCCGUGUGGGGCCAAUUCCCAGUGUCGCGAUGUCUAUGGCACACCCUCGUGCUCUUGCCUGCCCCAGUUCUUAGGACCGCCGCCCAACUGUCGACCCGAAUGUUCCAUCAAUGCGGAGUGUCCCAGCCAUCAGGCGUGCAUCAAUCAGAAGUGUCGCGAUCCCUGUCCCGGCUCCUGUGGCCUCAACACCCAGUGCAAUGUGAUCAAUCACACGCCCAUCUGCAGCUGUCUUCUGGGGUAUAUCGGGGAUCCAUUCAGCGUUUGUAAUCCCGAACCGCCGCAGAAAAUUCAAGAUCCACUGCCUCCUCAAGAUCCCUGUUAUCCCUCACCCUGUGGCUCCAAUAGCCGCUGCAAUAAUGGCGUAUGCUCGUGUCUGCCGGAGUACCAUGGCGACCCCUACACCGGUUGUCGUCCCGAGUGCGUCCUCCACACAGAAUGCGAUCGUAGUCGCGCCUGUGUGCGGCACAAGUGUGUGGAUCCCUGCCCCGGAAAAUGUGGAACGAAUGCGAUAUGCGAGGUCCUGAAUCACAUUCCCAACUGUCGCUGUCCCGCGGAAAUGCAGGGAAAUGCCUUCAUCCAAUGUAGCCCUGUGCCACAACUCGAUGAUGUGCAGAAUCCCUGCCAGCCCUCGCCCUGCGGACCGAAUGCCCAGUGUCGCGUGGCCAACCAGCAGGCCAUUUGCUCCUGCAUCGCGCCCUUCAUUGGCAGUCCACCCUUCUGUCGUCCGGAGUGCACCAGCAACGCGGAAUGUCCCCUGAACCUGGCAUGUUUGAACCAGAAAUGCAGCGAUCCUUGUCCGGGCGUCUGCGGCCGCAGUGCCCAGUGCCAUGUGACGAACCACAGUCCUUUCUGUCGCUGCUUGGACCGCCACACGGGCAAUCCCUUCGUCAGUUGCCAGCCGAUCAUUGAGCCGCCAGUGCCGCCGCCGCGUCAGCCAUGCCUCCCCUCACCCUGCGGCGCGUAUGCCCAGUGCCGGGAGAUCAAUGAGACGCCGUCGUGCACCUGUCUGCCCGAGUACAUUGGCGCUCCGCCGAACUGUCGGCCCGAAUGCGUUACCAGCUCCGAGUGUCCCACUCAUCAGGCUUGCAUCCAGCAGAAGUGUCGCGAUCCCUGUCCUGGUCUGUGCGGCCUCUUGGCGGAGUGUCGUGUGCUCUCGCACACUCCCAGUUGCGUCUGCCCCGAGGGAAUGGAGGGUGAUCCCUUCACCCAGUGUACGGAGAAGAGAAUCCAGCAGUUGGAUCGAUUGGACCCAUGCAACCCCAGUCCCUGUGGCGUCAAUGCCAGGUGCACUUCGCGCCAGGAUGCUGGCUCUUGUCAGUGUUUGCCGGAAUACUUUGGGAAUCCCUACGAGGGCUGCCGUCCGGAAUGUGUCCUCAACUCUGAUUGUCCAUCCAACAGAGCGUGUCAGCAGCAGAAGUGCGAGGAUCCUUGCCCGGGAACCUGCGGCCAGAAUGCCAUCUGCAAUGUCCUCAACCACGUGCCCAGCUGUAGCUGCCUCACGGGUUAUUCGGGCGAUCCCUACCGUCAGUGCCUGCUUGAACCCAUCAAGGAGUAUCUGAAUCCCUGCCAGCCUUCGCCCUGUGGCCCCAAUUCCCAGUGUCGUGAGUCCAACGAGCAGGCCGUUUGCUCCUGUCUUCCCGAAUAUGUGGGUGCGCCUCCUGUCUGUCGUCCCGAGUGUACCAUAUCCUCAGAGUGCUCGCCGGAUAAGGCCUGCGUGGGCCAGAAGUGCAUCGAUCCCUGUCCGAAUACCUGCGGAGAGCAGGCCACCUGUCGUGUUGUGAACCACAGUCCCAUUUGUACGUGUCGCGCCGGUUACACGGGCGAUGCCUUCUACCGCUGUGUACCCAAACCCCCUGUGCCAGUGGCUCCUCCAGUGCAAAAGACACCAGUCGAUCCCUGUGUGCCCUCCCCUUGUGGCCCGUAUGCCGAGUGCCGUUCGAAUGGCGACGCUCCUGCCUGUUCCUGUUCGAUUGGGUACUUGGGGGCUCCGCCCAACUGCCGUCCCGAGUGCCGCAUCAAUGCGGAGUGUCUCAGUAGAGAGGCCUGCAUCAAUGAGAAGUGUCGCAAUCCCUGUCCCGGCUCCUGUGGCCUUGGUGCCACUUGCAACGUGAUCAAUCAUACGCCCAGCUGCACCUGUCCGCCGGGAUACACGGGCGAUCCGUUCACCCACUGCCAGCCCCAACCUCCACCGCCACCACCUGUGGAGCUAGAUGAUCCCUGCAAUCCCUCGCCCUGUGGAGCAAAUGCUCUGUGCAACGCAGGCGUCUGCACGUGCAUCCCUGAGUACCAUGGGGAUCCGUACAUCGGCUGUCGUCCCGAGUGCAUCACCAGUUUGGAUUGCUCGCGAGAUCGGGCCUGUGCACGUCACAAGUGCUUCGAUCCCUGCCCGGGCACCUGUGCCCCCAAUGCCAUUUGUACGGUCCUCAAUCACGUGCCCAUGUGCACCUGUCCGGAGGGGUAUGCUGGCAAUGCGUUUAUCCAGUGCCAACCAGUGCCACCACCAACCAUUGUCCAGCCGUGUCAGCCAUCACCCUGUGGCCCCAAUUCACAGUGCCGUGAGGCCAAUGGUCAGGCGGUAUGCUCCUGCGUGCCAGGAUAUAUUGGAACCCCUCCACUCUGUCGACCAGAGUGCACCUCGAACGCGGAAUGUGUGUCUCUCGAGGCGUGCGUGAAUCAAAAGUGCGUGGAUCCAUGUCCUGGAGCCUGUGGCAGGAAUGCCCAGUGUAGUGUCGUCAAUCACAAUCCCUUCUGCACGUGUCUGCCCCACUAUACGGGCAAUCCGUUUGUGGGCUGCCAGCAGAUCAUCGAGCCUCAGAGGGAGGAACUCGUGCCACGCGAUCCCUGUCGACCCUCCCCCUGCGGACCCAAUGCCGAGUGUCGGGCCGUUGGGGACACAGCAUCGUGUUCCUGUCUGGCGGAAUUUGUUGGCUCUCCGCCGUACUGCAAGCCGGAAUGCGUGACCAACUCCGAGUGUCCAUCGAAUCGUGCGUGCAUCAAUCAGAAGUGUCGCGAUCCUUGCCCUGGUCUGUGUGGUAUAAGUGCCAUUUGUCGCGUUGUCUCCCACACGGCCAUGUGCAUCUGUGAUGCGGGCCUCACCGGCGAUACCUUCACCCAGUGCCAGCCGAUUGUCCACGAUGUGGAGAUCAUCAAUCCGUGCCAUCCCUCGCCUUGUGGCUCGAACGCCGAGUGCAUACAACGGAACGGAGCGGGCGCCUGUCAGUACUUACCGGAGUUCUUCGGGAAUCCCUACGAGGGCUGCCGUCCGGAGUGUGUCCUCAAUUCGGACUGUCCUGCGAACAGAGCCUGCCAGCAGCAGAAGUGCCGCGAUCCCUGCCCCGGCUGCUGUGGCCAGAACGCCGAGUGCAAUGUCGUGAACCACACGCCCAUCUGCAGCUGCUUCCCUGGAUUUAUAGGCGAUCCGUAUCGCUAUUGUAGUCAACCGCCAGAACCUAUUGUCCAUGACUACGUGAAUCCCUGUCAGCCAUCGCCCUGUGGCUCCAAUGCCAUUUGUCGCGUGGUCAACGAGCAGGCCGUGUGUUCCUGUGGCCCCGAGUUUGAGGGAGCCCCGCCCAACUGCCGUCCCCAGUGUACCUCCAGCUCUGAGUGUCCCUCCACCCAGGCUUGCAUCAGCUACAAGUGUGCCGAUCCCUGUCCUGGUGUGUGUGGCCAGCUUGCGAUCUGUGAGGUGCGAAACCAUAGUCCCAUCUGUAGGUGUCCCCCGGCCAUGAUGGGCGAUCCCUUCGUGCGCUGUCUGCCACGACCAGAGAUUCCUCCACCCCUAAGAGAUGUGGCCCCCUACCGCGAUCCCUGUGCACCCUCACCCUGUGGCCUUUACUCCACCUGCCGCAACCAACAACAGCAGGCUGUGUGCUCCUGUCUCCCGAACUACUUUGGCACUCCCCCGCAUUGCCGACCCGAGUGCUCCAUCAAUGCAGAGUGUCCCAGCCACUUGGCGUGCAUUAAUCAAAGGUGUCGCGACCCCUGUCCCGGCGCCUGUGGCCAGCAGACCGAGUGUCGGGUGACCAAUCACGUGCCCAGCUGUCUGUGCCUCCAGGGCUAUGUGGGAGACGCCUUCUUGGCCUGCCACCCAGCUCCACCCCCUCCAAGCAACGAUGAACCCCGUGAUCCCUGCAAUCCCAGUCCCUGCGGCAACAAUGCCAUUUGUUCGGGCGAUGGUCAGUGCCGCUGUGUGGCCGACUAUCAGGGGGAUCCCUAUGUCUCCUGCCGCCCCGAAUGCGUGCUGAGUGCCGAGUGUCCUCGGCAUCUGGCCUGCAUUCGCCAAAAGUGCACAGAUCCCUGUCCCGGCACGUGCGGUGCCAAUGCCAUCUGUGAAGUCCAGAGCCACAUAGCCAUGUGCCACUGUCCCCCGGGAAUGACUGGAAAUGCCUUUGUCCAGUGCAGCGCCGUAUGUGAUGCAGUGGAUGUCAACCGCAAUCCUUGUAGCCCAUCGCCGUGCGGCAGCUAUGCCGAGUGCCGCGAGCGCAAUGAUCAGGCCAUCUGCAGCUGCCUCCCCAACUACUUUGGCGUCCCCCCCGCCUGCCGACCCGAGUGCAGCAGCAACUACGAUUGUGCACCCCAUUUGGCGUGCCAGAACCAGCGUUGCGUCGAUCCCUGUCCGGGAGCUUGUGGCGCCCAUGCCCAGUGCCGAGCUGUCAGCCACAGUCCCUUCUGCAGCUGCAGACCUGGCUACACGGGCAAUCCCUUCGUUCAGUGUCAUAGGAUCUUUGAACCUGUGAGGGAUGUGGUGCUCCGAGAUCCCUGCCAGCCAUCUCCCUGCGGUCCCAACAGCGAGUGUCGGCCCGUAAGUGAUACACCAUCCUGCUCAUGUCUCGCCAAUUUCUUUGGCACUCCGCCGAACUGCAGGCCCGAGUGUGUAUCCAACUCCGAGUGCAGCACGGUCCAAGUUUGUGUGAACAAUCCCUGCAAAGAUCCCUGUCCAGGGCUUUGUGGCACAUCUGCAGUUUGUCGCGUCAUUAGCCACAGUGCCAUGUGCCACUGCCAGCCAGGAUACAGCGGGGAUCCCUUCAUUCGCUGUGAUCCCAUUGUUGUACGUGAUCCCAUAGAGGUCCUGCAGCCCUGUAAUCCGAGUCCCUGUGGCGCCUUUGCCGAGUGCCGGCAACAGAAUGGAGUCGGCUCCUGUCUGUGCUUGCCCGAAUACCACGGCAAUCCCUAUGAGGCCUGUCGUCCCGAGUGUGUCCUGGACUCCGAUUGCGCCUCGAACAGAGCCUGUGUAAACCAGAAGUGCCGCAAUCCCUGUCCCGGAGUGUGUGGCCAGAAUGCCGAGUGCUAUGUCCGCAAUCAUUUGCCCACCUGCAACUGCCAGAACGGCUAUGUGGGAGAUCCUUAUAGCUAUUGCAGCAUUGAGACCAAACCCAUUCGUGAGUAUAUGAAUCCCUGCCAGCCCUCUCCCUGUGGCCCCAACUCCCAGUGCCGUGAACUGAAUGGCCUGGCCACUUGCUCCUGUCUGCCCGAGUACGUGGGCAGUCCGCCUGGCUGUCGUCCCGAGUGUACGGUCUCCUCCGAGUGUAGUCUGGACAGGGCCUGUGUGCGCCACAAGUGUGUGGAUCCCUGUCCAGGUGCCUGUGGCAGCAAUGCCAAUUGUCUUGGAAUGAACCAUGCCCCACUCUGUUCCUGUCAGCCAGGCUACACGGGAGACCCAUUCACCCGUUGCUAUCCAUUGCCUCCUCCCACAACGCAUAUACUCUACGACAUUGUAAGCGAUCCCUGCCAGCCGUCCCCUUGCGGUGCCAAUUCCCAGUGCAGGCAGUCCCAGGGUCAGGCCAUCUGUAGCUGUCUCUCCAACUACUUUGGUCUGCCGCCGAACUGCCGACCCGAGUGUACCCAGAGUUCCGAGUGCCUGUCCAGCCGGGCGUGCAUCAACCAGAGGUGUGUGGAUCCAUGCCCCGGCUCCUGUGCCUACAACGCCCUCUGCACCACGCGUAACCAUGUGCCGAGCUGUCAGUGUCCCCCCACCAAUUGUUACCCAGAACCCCAGCCACCACCCACACCCAUUGCCCUUGAUGAUCCCUGCCAUCCCUCGCCCUGCGGACCCAAUGCUCAGUGCUCGAACGGUCAGUGUUCGUGUAUUGGGGACUACCAGGGGGAUCCCUACAGGGGCUGCCGCCCAGAGUGUGUCCUGAAUGCCGACUGUUCGAAGGAUCGGGCCUGUGUGCGCCACAAGUGUGUGGAUCCCUGUCCGGGCACCUGUGCCCCCAAUGCCAUAUGCGAUACGAUCAAUCACAUCGCCAUGUGCCGCUGUCCAGAGCAGAUGACAGGCAAUGCCUUCAUCCAGUGCGAGUUCCCACCUGUGGCAUUGACUCCACCCGAUCCUUGCGCACCGUCACCGUGCGGCCCCAACAGCCGUUGCCGCGUACUCAACAACAAUGCCGUCUGCUCCUGCAUUGAGGACUAUGUGGGUACGCCACCCAAUUGUCGGCCCGAGUGCACCCACAAUUCGGAUUGUCUGCCGCGACUGGCCUGCCAGCGGCAGCACUGCAUCGAUCCCUGUCCCGGAACCUGUGGCUUCAACGCCCUCUGUCAUGUGGUCAAUCAUGCUCCAAUCUGCAGCUGUCCGCCGCAACACAAUGGCAACCCCUUCGCGGGCUGCUUCCCGGAACCAGUGCGUCGCGAUGAGGAACCCCCCAGGAACCCCUGUCAGCCCUCUCCUUGCGGACCCUAUGCCCAGUGCCUUGCUCUGGGAGAUCAGGCACAGUGUAGCUGUCUUCCCAGCUACAUUGGAACGCCGCCCAACUGCCGGCCAGAGUGUGUGACCAAUUCGGAGUGUCCCUUUGACAGGGCCUGCAUCAGUCAGCACUGCCGCGAUCCCUGUCCGGGCGUUUGUGGCUCCAAUGCCCAGUGCCAUGCGAUAAGCCACGCCACCAUGUGCCAUUGCCUGCCCGGCUUCACGGGGGAUCCAUUCACCGCCUGCCACCAGCCUCCGAUCGUUCAACAAAUCGAAUAUGUCCAGCCUUGCUCCCCGAAUCCCUGUGGGGCCAAUGCUGUGUGUCGCCGCGAGGGCAAUGCCGGCUCCUGCCAGUGCCUACCCGAAUACUAUGGCAAUCCCUACGAGGCCUGUCGUCCCGAGUGUGUGGCCGACAGCGACUGUCCGUCGGAUAAGUCCUGCCACCAGCUGAAGUGCCGCGAUCCGUGUCCCGGGGUUUGUGCCCUGAAUGCUGCCUGUCGCGUGAUCAAUCACCUUCCCACCUGUCAUUGUCUCAGCGGAUUCCUAGGGGAUCCCUACAGCUACUGUCGUCUGCCAGAGAAACCUAUUCUCAAGGAGUACGUAAAUCCAUGCCAGCCCUCGCCCUGUGGCCCCAACUCCCAGUGUCGUGAGAACAACGAGCAGGCCAUCUGCUCGUGUCUACCGGAAUAUGUGGGGGCUCCGCCUAACUGUCGGCCCGAGUGCGUCUCGAAUGGGGAGUGUUCCCGUGACAAGGCAUGCCUCAAUCAAAAGUGUGGCGAUCCCUGUCCUAGAGUGUGCGGCUCCAAUGCCGAAUGUCGCGUCUUCCAGUAUGCCCCCAUCUGUAGUUGUCGUCCAGGGUUCACUGGCGAUGCUUUCUCCCGAUGCCUGCCCCUGCCACCACCCCUUCCCCCGCUCUUGGAUGUGUAUCGCGAUCCCUGCUUACCAUCGCCCUGCGGCCAGUAUGCGGAGUGUAGAGACAACCAAGGCUCUGCCACCUGUACCUGCCUCCCCGCGUACUACGGCACUCCACCCAACUGCCGACCCGAAUGCACCAUCGCCGAGGAUUGUCCCUCGCAUCUGGCGUGUCAACAGCAGCACUGUCGCGAUCCCUGUCCAGGAGCCUGUGGCUUCAACGCCUUCUGCACGGUGAUCAACCACAGUCCCACGUGUCAGUGUGCUCCAGGACUGAUCGGCAACCCAUUCACAUCCUGCCAUGCUCGGCCACGCGAUCCACCACCACAACAGGAUACCAGCGAUCCCUGCGCCUCGAUUACGUGCGGUGCCAAUGCCGUCUGCCAGCAAGGAAGAUGCAGCUGUCUGCCAGAGUUCAUCGGAAAUCCAUUGAUUGGCUGUCGACCCGAGUGCGUCCUGAGUGCGGAAUGCGACUGGGACAAGGCGUGCGUGCGGAACAAGUGCAUCGAUCCCUGUCCCGGCACUUGUGGAUCCAGUGCCAUCUGUGAGGUCCACCGACACGUGGCCAUGUGCCAUUGUCCCCCGGGAAUGACUGGCAAUGCCUUCUCUCAGUGCCGACCACUGCCGCCGCCAGCUCAGGAUCCCCCCAUCAUAGCCGAUCCCUGUCAGCCCUCGCCUUGCGGACCAAAUGCCCAAUGUCGUCACAUCAAUGGCCAGGCCGUGUGCUCGUGUCUGCCACAAUUUGUGGGCACGCCACCAUCCUGCCGUCCGGAAUGCGUAAGCAAUGCGGAAUGUCCGCUUCACUUGGCGUGUCUGCAGCAACAGUGUGGCGAUCCCUGUCCGGGAUCCUGCGGCCUCAAUGCCGAGUGUCGCGUGAUCAAUCACAGUCCCAACUGCCACUGCAUCCAAUCGUUUACUGGAAAUCCAUUUGUGGCAUGCCACCGUCAACCUCCGCCUGCACCUGCCAGGCAGGACCCUGUUCCGCUGGAUUCCUGUCAACCCUCGCCGUGUGGCGCCAAUGCAGAGUGUCGCGUCCAAGGAAUCAACGCCCAAUGCAGCUGCCUCGCUGGAUUUGUGGGCACACCACCCGACUGCCGGCCGGAAUGCGUAUCCAACUCCGAUUGUCCCACGAAUCUGGCCUGCCGCAACGAAAAGUGCCGCGAUCCCUGCCCCGGAGUCUGUGGCCUGAAUGCGGAGUGCUAUGUGAUCAAUCAUACGCCCAUGUGUACGUGCCUCGCUGGAUACAAUGGCCAUCCCUUCUUUGGCUGUCAAGUGGUGCGCGAUGUCCCAGAGACACCACUCAAUCCGUGCGUGCCCAGUCCUUGUGGCGCCAAUGCCGUUUGCAGCGAACGUAAUGGAGCAGGGGCAUGCCAGUGCCUGCCCGACACCAUUGGCAAUCCCUACGAGGGCUGUCGUCCAGAGUGUGUCCUCAACACGGACUGUCCCAGCCAUUUGGCGUGUGUCAAUCAACACUGUCGCGAUCCCUGUCCAGGCACCUGCGGCUCCAAUGCCCUGUGCCAAGUGCGCCAUCAUCUGCCACAAUGCCAGUGCCUGGCGGGCUACCAGGGCAAUCCAUACACCUAUUGCAGCCUCCUGCGUAAUCCCCUGCCCGAACCCAUUGCCUCCCGUCCCUGCCAGCCCUCGCCUUGCGGACCCAAUGCCCACUGUCGCGAGGCGAAUGGUCAAGCUAUAUGCAAAUGCCUGCCAGACUUUGUUGGAUCCCCGCCUGCUUGUAGGCCCGAGUGUACCAUCUCCAGCGAGUGCGACUUGACCAGGCCAUGCGUGCAACACCACUGCGUCGAUCCCUGUCCGGGGAUCUGCGGCAGCAAUGCCCAAUGCCGUGUCCUCAACCACAGUCCGCUUUGCAGUUGUCUGCCCGGCUACACUGGAGAUGCCUUCAGUGGCUGCCAGCCGAUCCGACCCGUCAUUAGCUAUGAUGCUCCGCCCAAGGAUAUCUACCGCGACCCGUGUGCACCCUCGCCCUGCGGCACCUUCGGCCAGUGCAGAGCACAGGGCACCCAGGCCGUGUGCUCCUGCCUGCCAGGAUACUUUGGUGUCCCGCCUCAGUGCAAGCCGGAGUGUGUGAUCAAUCCAGACUGCGCCUCGCACUUGGCCUGCAUCAGCGAGAAGUGCCGCGAUCCCUGUCCCGGCUCCUGUGGCCUGCUGGCCCAGUGCAACGUCAUCAAUCACACGCCCAUCUGUAGCUGCCCCCCUGGCUAUCAGGGCAAUCCCUUUGUCAGCUGCAGACCCCAACCUCCUCCAGCUCCGGUUCCAGUACUACGGGAUGCCUGCAAUCCCUCGCCAUGCGGCCCCAAUGCCGUUUGCAGUGCCGGAGGACAGUGCAACUGUCUCGCAGAGUUCGAUGGCAAUGCGUAUGUGGGCUGUCGCCCGGAGUGUGUCCUGAAUUCAGAGUGUGCCCGGGACAGGGCCUGUCAGCGCAGCAAAUGCGUGGAUCCCUGUCCGGGGGCCUGUGGUGUGGGCGCCGUUUGUGAGGUGCGCAACCACAUACCCAUUUGCCUCUGUCCACCCGGGACUUCCGGAAAUGCCUUCAUCCAGUGUACGACCAUCCUUGUUCAAUCUUCUCCCGUGGAGCCCCCUAAUCCCUGCCAGCCAUCGCCCUGUGGAUCUAAUGCCCAGUGUCGCGAGGCCAACCAGCAGGCCGUGUGCUCCUGCUUGAGUGGAUACUUCGGUGUCCCGCCCAGAUGUCGACCGGAAUGCACCAUCAACUCGGACUGUGCCCCCCACUUGGCGUGCCUCAAUCAGCAGUGUCGCGAUCCCUGCCCCGGGGCCUGCGGACAAUUUGCCAACUGCCAGGUCAUCCGACAUGUCCCGCACUGCAGUUGUCCCGCAGGAUACGCGGGAAAUGCCUUCUCCCUGUGUCAGCAGAUACCACCAGCGGUUGUGCAGCGAGAGCCCCUCCCUGUGUAUCCCUGUCAUCCAUCCCCAUGUGGAUCGAAUGCCCAGUGCACGGAACAAGGCGAUCAAGCCAUCUGCAAGUGCCUUGAAGGCUACAUAGGACCGCCACCCAACUGUCGACCAGAGUGCAUAACAUCCUCCGAGUGCCCAAACCAAUUGGCAUGCAUCCGGCAGAAGUGCCGCGAUCCGUGUCCUGGUUUGUGCGGACAGGCAGCCAGCUGCCAGGUCGUGAGCCAUGUGCCCUCGUGCCUGUGCAUUGGAGACUACAUCGGAGACCCCUACACGGGCUGCCGUCCAAGACCAGCAAUAGAACGAGACCAGAUCAAUCCGUGCGCGCAGAACCCAUGCGGUAGCAAUGCCAUGUGCAGACAGCAAGGAGGAGCUGCGGCAUGCCAGUGCCUGCCCGAGACCUACGGCAAUCCCUACGAGGGCUGCCGACCCGAGUGUGUCGUCAAUUCGGACUGCUCCGGCCAUUUGGCCUGCUUGAACCAACAUUGUCGCGACCCCUGUCCUGGUAGCUGUGCACCGAAUGCCCAAUGCCAGGUCGUCAAUCACAUCCCCAUCUGUAGUUGCUAUCCCGGCUACAGAGGGGAUGCCUAUCGCCAUUGCCAUGCGGUGCCUAUCCAGGCGGAACCCACGCCUCCGGAAUACGUGAAUCCCUGCCAGCCAUCGCCAUGCGGUGCCAAUGCCCAGUGUCGCGAGUCCCAGGGCCAGGCCAUAUGCUCCUGUCUGCCCGAGUUUGUAGGCACGCCGCCCGCCUGCCGUCCCGAGUGUGUGAUCAGUGCCGAGUGUCCUGCGGACAAGGCGUGCAUCAAUCAGAAGUGCCAGGAUCCCUGUCCCGGCUCCUGUGGUCUGAACGCCCAGUGUCAUGUGAGGAAUCACAGUCCGCUCUGCUCGUGUCUGCCCGGGUUCACGGGCGAUGCCUUGACCCGCUGUCUGCCCAAUCCCCCACCACCAAAGCCACCAAAGUCGGAGGACCCUCCUCGUGAUCCCUGUUAUCCCUCGCCCUGUGGACCUUACUCCCAGUGUCGGGAGGUGAACGGAGGAGCCAGCUGCAGCUGCCUGCCCAAUUAUGUGGGCGCUGCUCCCAACUGCCGGCCCGAGUGCACCAUCAAUGCGGAGUGUCCCAGCAGCCAGGCGUGCAUCAACGAGAAGUGUCGCGACCCCUGUCCGGGUGCCUGCGGCUUUGCCGCCCUCUGCAACGUGAUCAAUCACACGCCGAGCUGCUCGUGUCCCAGUGGCUAUACCGGAGAUCCAUUCACCAGCUGUCGGAUCGUGCCACCAACGCCGCCCCCGACGACUCCGAUCUCCGAUCCGUGCCAGCCGUCACCCUGCGGCGCCAAUGCCCAGUGCCGCGAUGGUCAGUGCUCGUGUCUGCCCGAAUAUCAGGGCGAUCCGUACACUGGCUGCCGGCCCGAGUGCGUCCUGAACUCGGACUGUCCGAGGAACAGGGCCUGCGUGCGACAAAAGUGCGUCGAUCCCUGCCCAGGAAACUGUGCACCGAAUGCCCUCUGCAAUGCCGUCAACCAUAUUGCGAUGUGCCACUGUCCUGAGCGAAUGACGGGCAACGCGUUUGUGUCCUGCUCCCCGCUGCGCGAUGAGCCCCCCGCGCGUCCGCCCAAUCCCUGCCAUCCAUCACCAUGCGGAGACAACGCCCAAUGCCUGGAGAGAAACGACGUGGCCAUCUGCUCCUGCCUGGCGGGCUACUUCGGUCAGCCUCCCAACUGCCGUCCGGAGUGCUACGCCAGCUCCGACUGCUCCCAGGUGCACGCGUGCAUCAACCAGAAAUGUGUGGAUCCCUGUCCAGGACAAUGCGGUCUCAAUGCCAUCUGCCAGGCGGUGCAGCACAGAGCGCACUGCGAGUGCAGCCCCGGUUACACCGGCAAUGCCUACUCCCAGUGUCAUCUAGUGAUUGUGCGAAGACCCGAAUCCAAUGCUGUGCGCGAUCCCUGCUACCCAUCGCCCUGCGGCCCCAACUCCCAGUGCAGCAAUGAGAAGGGUCAGGCGCAGUGCCGCUGCUUGCCAGAGUUCCAGGGCACACCUCCCAACUGCCGACCCGAGUGUGUCAGCAACGACGAGUGCUCCAAUAGCCUGGCCUGCAUCAAUCAGCGCUGCACCGAUCCCUGUCCCGGCAGCUGUGGCCAGAACGCCCUAUGCGUGGUCCGGCUGCACACGCCCAACUGUCAGUGCCCUAGCGGCAUGACCGGGGAUCCUUUCCGCCUGUGCCAAAGCAGGGACCGACCUCCACCUGAGCCACCAGCCACACCGAAGAACCCCUGCUAUCCAUCGCCCUGCGGCACCAAUGCCGACUGCCGUGUGACCGGCCAGAGCUAUGUGUGCGAAUGCAGCCAGCAGGAGUAUAUAGGGAAUCCCUACGUGGGCUGUCGCCCCGAGUGCGUGGGCAACUCCGAGUGUCCUGCGAACAGGGCCUGUGCGCGCAGCAAAUGCGUGGAUCCCUGCCCGGGAGUGUGCGGCCUGGAGGCGAUGUGCAACAUGAACAACCACAUACCGAUCUGCUCCUGUCCGGCAGGAUACACGGGCAAUGCCUUUGUGCAGUGCACGCGCCUGCUGGCCCCACCACCUGUCUCCGAUCCCUGCUAUCCCUCGCCGUGUGGACCCAACUCCGUGUGCCGAGUGCAGAGCGAGAAGGCCGUGUGUGAGUGUUUGCCAGGAUUCUUUGGGAAUCCUCUGGCCCAGGGCUGUCGCCCGGAGUGCACUCUGAGCUCGGACUGCGCCAAGGAUAAGGCCUGCAUCAAUGCCAAGUGCGUGGAUGAUUGCGUGGGCGAAUGCGGCUACGGAGCCGUAUGUCAGACCAUCAACCACAGCCCCGUCUGCAGUUGCCCCGCCAACAUGGUGGGUAAUCCGUUCGUCCAGUGCGAGACACCGCGCCAAGCAGAGCCAGUGGAUCCCUGCAACCCAUCGCCCUGUCGCAGCAACGGCAUCUGUCGUGUCCACAAUGGCGCUGCCACCUGCAGCUAUCCUGAGUGUGUGAUCAACGAGGACUGCUCCCGCGAUCGCGCCUGCGUUAGCCAGAAGUGCCGCGACCCGUGUCUGCAGGCCUGCGGCCUCAAUGCCAUCUGUCGUGCCAUCAACCACAAAGCUGUCUGCAGCUGUCCACCCGACUUCUAUGGCUCGUCAUACGCCCAGUGUCUGCGGCAGAUCCCACAGCUGGAGCCCCCGAAGCCGGAGUGCGUCAGCGAUGCAGAAUGCACCAAUGACAAGGCCUGCAUCAACCAGGUGUGCAGAAAUCCCUGCGAGCAGACCAAUCUCUGCGCCCAACAGGCCCGCUGCCAUGUCCAGCUCCAUCGUCCGCUGUGCGUCUGCAACGAGGGAUACUCGGGCAAUGCCCUGCAGCAUUGCUACCUACUCGGCUGUCGCUCCGACACCGAAUGCGCCCCUACCGAGGCCUGCAUCAACGAAAAGUGUGUGGAUCCCUGCAGCUUCACCCAGUGCGGCGCAGGAGCCACCUGUCGCGCCGACUUCAACCACCGCGCGCGCUGCCACUGUCCGGAUGGAUACCGCGGCAAUCCUCUGGUGCGCUGCGAGCGACCGGAGUGCCGAAGCGACGACGAGUGCUCGUUCCAUUUGGCCUGCCGCAACGAGAGAUGCGAGGAUCCGUGCAACUGCGGCAUCGGUGCCCAGUGUCGUGUGGACAACCAUCGCGCCCAGUGCCGCUUCCCGGCCGGCUUCAGUGGAAAUCCCGCCAUACGCUGUGACCUGGUGCCCGUGCAACCCGAGGGCUGCACCAUGGAUGCCGAGUGUCCCAGCAAGCUGGCCUGCUUCUCAGGCGAAUGCAAGAACCCAUGCGCUGUGACCCAUCCGUGUGGCGCCAAUGCCAUCUGCGACGUGGUCGACACACUGCCCCUGCGCACCAUGACGUGCCGCUGUGAGCCUGGCUAUGUGGGUGAUGCCGACAUUGGAUGUCGCAAAGAACCCGCUCAAGACCUGGGCUGCACAUCGCACGAUCAGUGCCAGGAUACGGAAGCCUGUCGCGCUGGCAACUGUGUCAAUCCCUGCCUGGAUGGCUUCCCUUGCGCCCGAACAGCCCAGUGUCUGGCCCAGCAGCAUCGCGCCAUUUGCAGCUGCCCUCAAGGCACCCAAGGAGAUCCGUUCACCAAUUGCUACCAGCCACCUCAAAUCACAGCUGGAUGCACACACGACUCUGAGUGCUCGCCAACCACGGCGUGCAUCAAUAAGCGUUGCCAGGACCCAUGUGCCGAGGCCAAUCCUUGUGCCGGCAAUGCCGAAUGUCGUGUGCAGAACUCUCGUCCCACAUGCUACUGUCCCGCUGGCUGGGGCGGUGAUCCGCAAGUCCAAUGUUACAAACCUGAAUGCAAAAUCAAUGCCGAUUGUCCCUACGACAAGGCUUGUUUGAACGAGAACUGCGUGAAUCCCUGCACCCAUGGACAAGUGCGUUGCGGCAGUGGAGCCCAAUGUUUGCCACAGAAUCACCAGGCUGUCUGCAGCUGUCCGGCCGGCACUCAGGGCAGUCCCUUCGUGGCCUGCAUAACCGGCCAUUGUCAAUACAACGAGGAUUGCGCCGAUCACAAAGCCUGCGACCGCCUAAACCGCGUUUGCCGGCCCGUCUGCGAGCAGGAGACCUGUGCUUUGAACGCCAUCUGUGUGGGUCGACGCCAUCAGCCGCAGUGUGAGUGCCGCGCAGGAUACCAGGGCAAUCCGUUUGUCCAGUGCGAUAUGCCACAGCGAACCCCACAGGCUCCGGAGUGCACACAGGAUGCCGAGUGUCCCUCGAAGCUUGCCUGCAUCAACGAACGCUGUGCAGAUCCUUGUGCUACUCCUCAUGUGUGCAGUCCCCAACAGACCUGUGCCGUCCUCGAUACCCUGCCACUUCGCACCAUGAUCUGCAAGUGUCCCAGCGACACGGUCACCGAUAACUCGGGCAACUGUGUGGCCAUCAGGAGACCCAUUGCCCCGCCCAGUGGUGGCUGUCAGCACAGCUCCGAGUGCGCCAAUCCUGAGGUCUGUUCGAAUGGAAACUGCCUGGACGCCUGCCGCCUCGAAAAGUGUGGCGUCAAUGCCCAAUGUACAUCGCGGGAUCACUAUGCACAGUGCAGCUGUCCCGCCGGCUACCAGGGCAAUCCUCGCAUCGAAUGCUAUUCCACAGAGAUCGGCCUGCCGAAGAGUCCAGAGCCAGGCUGUACGCGAGAUGACGACUGCCCCAGGGACAAGACGUGCCGCAACGAAUUGUGUGUGAGUCCAUGUGCUGCGGAUGCCUGCGGCAUCGGUGCCUACUGCCAUGUGCAGCAGAGGAAGGCCAUCUGCCGCUGCCCGCCUGGCUAUUCGGGCAAUCCCAAGGAUCGCUGUCUGCCACCUUCUGAUGUGAUAACCGUCGGCUGCAAGUCCAGUAGCGAUUGUCCUGUGACAGAGGCGUGCAUCAAUGCCCAGUGCGUCAGUCCCUGCAACUGCGGACCGAAUGCCGAAUGCAGCGUUAAGAACCAUCGUCCCAUCUGCUACUGCAAGCCAGGAUUCUCGGGCAAUGCCCAGUUCGGCUGCGUGGCCAUUGGCUGCCAAUCGGAUGACGAGUGCAGUGGUGACAAGCAGUGCUUGAAUCGCGAAUGCAUCAAUCCCUGCCUGGUGGUCGAUCCCUGUGCAUUGAAUGCCGAAUGCUACGGACACAAUCAUCGUGCCAACUGUCGUUGUCCCGCUGGCCUGGAGGGAGAUCCAUUCGUGCGCUGUCUGCGCCUCGAAUGCCACUCGGACUACGACUGUGCCUCGAACCUGGCCUGUGUAUCCAACCAGUGCGUGGAUCCGUGUGGCCAGAAUGCCAUCUGUCAGGCCCUGCAGCAUCGAGCCGUCUGCCGCUGUCCGGAGCAAAUGCCUCUGGGCAAUCCGUAUGCCUACUGCGAACGCCGACCCGUGGAGCCCGUGUGCCGCGAUGAUGGUGACUGUCCCAGCGGUCUGGCCUGCAUCGAUGCCAAGUGCCCCACCGCCCAGUGCAGUGUCCUCGAUAGUGUCCCAGUGCGGACCAUGGUCUGCGAGUGUCCCGAGUCCCAGGUGCCAGACGCCAGUGGCGAGUGCCGCCAACUGGUGCUGGCCAGUCCACCGGGCUGUGAAAGUGACCAGGAUUGUCCCGACCAAGAGGCGUGCAUCCAUCGCCAGUGCCGCAACCCAUGUAACUGUGGCACCAACGCCAUCUGCCAGGUGACCCAACAUCGUGCGGUUUGCAGCUGCCAGGAUGGCUUCGAAGGCAAUCCCUAUGCCGCCUGCCGCUCGAUCGGCUGCCGCGUGGAUGGUGAGUGCGAUUCUGGCAAGGCCUGCAUCAACGGCGACUGCAUCAAUCCCUGCCUCAUCAACGACCCCUGCGGACCCAAUGCCGAGUGCUUCGUGCAGUCAAACCACGCCCAGUGCCGCUGCCUCAGCGGAUACCGCGGCAAUCCGUACGAACGCUGCCGCAUCAUCGGCUGCAGCAGCAACAACGACUGCCCCACGGACAAGACUUGCCAGAACGAGCAGUGCGUGAAUCCCUGCGUCUACCACAAUGCAUGUGCCCCGCGCGCCGAGUGCCGCCCCCAGAACCACCUGGCUGUCUGUCGCUGUCCUUCCGACUUUGUUGGCAAUCCUUACGUGGACUGCCGUCCCCAGCCGCAGCCCGUCUGCGUGCUGGACACGGACUGCCCCUCGCGACAGGCAUGCAUCAACGAGCAAUGCGUGGAUCCUUGCCUCGUCCUGGAGCCCUGCCAGCGGCCUGCUCAGUGCCAGAUGACGCCCACGUCCCCAGUACGUACCAUGAUCUGCAUCUGUCCGGAUGGAUACAUCAGCAGCGGCAGCGGCAGCUGCAAGCCCACUACCGGCAUCGUCAAGGUGGGUGGCUGCAUAUCGGACUCUGACUGUGCCGCCGACAAGUCCUGCCUGAACGGCAUCUGCCGCGACCCGUGCAACUGCGGCGUGAACGCCGAGUGCCGCAUCAAGGACCACAAGCCUGUAUGCACUUGUCGCCAGGGCUACGAGGGCAAUCCCGAGUUCGAAUGCGCCAAGAUCGAUUGCAACAUCAAUGCGGACUGCCCCGGCACGCAUGCGUGCCGCAACCAACUCUGCGUGCCCGCCUGCCAGGGUGAACAAUGCGGCUCCAAUGCCCAAUGUUUGGCCAUCAAUCAUCGGGCCGAGUGCGAAUGCGCUCCCGGUCAUGGUGGAAACGCCCGUCUUGGAUGCACGCCACUGGGCUGCCGCACCGACGACGAGUGUCCCACGGACAGAGCGUGUGUGAACGGCAAGUGCAACGAUCCCUGCGCUACAACGGCCAUCUGUGGCCAAGACGAACUCUGCAAGGUCUAUCAGCAUCGUCCGCAAUGCGCCUGCCCGCCCGGUACUGUACCCGGACGCAAUGGAUGCGAAACGGAACGCCAUAUCCCCAUCUGCAUUAGCGACGGCGACUGCCCCAGCCAGAAGGCUUGUCUGCGUGGCGAGUGCGUGAAUCCCUGCAAUGCCACACAGCCGUGCGGCGUCAAUGCUGAGUGCCGCGUGCGCGACACCCUCCCAGUAAGGACCAUGAUCUGCGAAUGCCUCGAGGGCUACACCGGCAAUGCGGCUGUGCAGUGCGACAAGCGAUCGCUCUGCGUCAUCGAAAAGGGCUUCGUGCGCGAUGUGGACGGACAGUGUGUAUGCCCACCGGGCACCGCUCUGGACAUUUACGAGUACUGCACCCCUUGCCAAGUGGAGCAAGGCUUCCGCAUCGACGAAAGCGGCCAUUGCAUAUGCGCUCUAGAGCGUGGCAUGGUCAUCGACGAGCGUGGUCGCUGCACCUGUCCCAUUGAGCUGGGCUACAGCCUGACGCCCCGAGGAGAGUGCCAGCCGGAGGAGCCGCCAGAGUGUACCACCAACGACCAGUGCGCGGACAAUCGGUACUGCAAUCUGGAUACCAAGACCUGCGAGGAUCCCUGCCUGACCAAGGUGUGUGGAGUGAAUGCCUUCUGCAAUGCCAUCAACCAUCGUGCCCAGUGCCAGUGCAUUACGGGCUACACGGGCAAUCCGGAACUGCAUUGUAACCACACCAACUUCCGCACCGACUUCCCCAGACCCGACAUGGUCGUCAGCUGCCUGGCCGAUGGUGUUCAAGUAGAAAUCCACAUCAAAGAGCCCGGCUUCAAUGGCGUGCUUUACGUAAAGGGCCACAGCAAGGAUGAGGACUGCCGUCGUGUUGUCAAUCUGAACGGCGAGACGGUGCCACGCACCGAAAUCUUCCGCGUGCACUUCGGCAGCUGUGGCAUGCAGGCGGUGAAGGAUGUGGCCAGCUUUGUCCUGGUCAUCCAGAAGCAUCCCAAGCUAGUCACCUACAAGGCCCAGGCGUACAACAUCAAGUGCGUCUACCAGACGGGCGAGAAGAACGUAACCCUAGGCUUCAACGUGUCUAUGCUGACCACAGGGAAUUCGGCCGAAAUCGGCGACAAUCUCAAGCUGCAAGUGGAUGUCGAGCCAGCCACUAUUUAUGGUGGCUUUGCCCGCUCCUGCAUAGCCAAGACCAUGGAGGACAAUGUCCAGAACGAGUAUCUGGUGACAGACGAGAACGGCUGUGCCACGGACACCAGCAUCUUUGGCAACUGGGAAUAUAACCCGGACACCAACAGUCUGCUGGCCAGCUUUAAUGCCUUCAAGUUCCCCUCGAGCGACAACAUCCGAUUCCAGUGCAACAUACGCGUCUGCUUCGGCCGAUGCCAGCCCGUCAAUUGUGGUGGCUACAAUGCCUUUGGGCGACGUCGCCGCUCUAUAGCCGACAACUCAAGCGACACGACAGCCAUUGCCACCAACUCAGGGGUUGAGGGUCAGCUACGCGAGGAGAUAACCAUCUCAUCGAAUGCUAUUCUCACAUUCGAGAAGCGCAGCGGUCCAGGCCUGAAUGAUGCCAACAUCAAACCGGCGGCACAGCGAGUGGAGGAUAUAUGCGUUUCGAUGGUGGGACUAAUCAUUGCCUUGGUUAUCACGGCUCUAUUGGCUCUUGUGGCUGUCGCCGUGGCCGUCUCCUGCUGGCUAAUGGCCUACAGAAGGCGACCAAAGACCAUAGCCCCGCUGCCACAUCCGCCAGAGUUCCCCAACCCACUCUUUUCCAACCCCGACGCUGUGCCCGAGCCAACGCCAGACUACAUCUCCUAAACACAACACUGGAAACACACACACCUAGCUAUAAAACCUUAGUCGAUAAGAAAAAUAAGAAAAAACACCAAUACCAGAGAAAAAGGGUAAUCUUCACAGAAGUUUAAAUUAAUGUGAAUAUUUGAGAGGCACGUGCAAAAAGUUCUGCAAAAUGCAAAACAUCUAAUGAUAUUUCAAUGAAAAUGUGAAGAAUGAAUCAAAGAAAAACAAAAGUACGUUUGUGAGCAGAAAGAGGAAAAACGGGCCGGACUAAUGGCCGUAAAACGUAAAACGAAAGAAAACGAAAGUGUAAAAAGCGAGAAUUGUAUGUAAGCAAAAUGCAUGCAAAUAAUAAUAGUAGCUUAAGAAAAUAAUUUUAUUAUUUGUAUUAACGUUUAAUGUUCUCUCUUUCCCACUAAUAUGAGAAUUUUGCGUAGUGUAGC